AUGACCACCACUAAGCCCUUGAUUCUAAUAACCGGUGCAAACCAGGGCUUGGGAUUCGCAACUGCACAACAGCUGGCUAGCACUGGCAAAUACAAUCUUCUGAUCGGCGCCCGCUCCCAGGAAAAAGCCGAAGGAGCAAUCAAACAACUACAUGAGUCUAGCAUCGACAGCUCUUUAACGCCUAUUGUCAUCGAUCUCGACCAUGACGAAUCCAUCACUGCCGCAGCCAAGUUCGUCGAAGAAAGUUUCGGAUCACUGGAUAUUCUCAUCAACAACGCCGGAAUCAACAGGUCGUCCGACCCAAACGCUACCCUACGGGAGACCUAUCGAGCUGUGUUCGAAACCAAUGUAUUCGGUGUGGCAGUGAUGACUGCUACUUUCCUACCACUAUUACGCGCCUCGAAGUACUAUGACCGGCGUAUCGUCAAUGUGACGAGUGGUCUAGGUCAGAUUGGUAUUGCGUACUCGCCUACUUCAGAGUACAGUGCGAAGAUAUGGGAGCUACCUGUCUACCGCAGCAGCAAGUCGGCUAUAAAUAUGAUUAAUGCCGUUGAUGCUGUUAGUCUUGGAAAGGAAAAUAUUCUUUCUGUUCUAGCUGCCCCGGGCUUCUGUCGCACCAACUUCGGGGGUGGAAAUGGCGUCAAAUCGGCGGAGGAGGGGGCUCAGCCUAUUGUACGGGCCGCUACUGAGGGUACGCCGAAAGAGCUGUUCGCGAAGCUUGUGGAUGAUGAGAACACGCUGGUUGAGUUUGGAUGGUAG